AUGCGAUGGCCGCCAUGGAGCUCCGAGUCGAACAAUGACGAACAAAAACAAACACCCAGCUCCUGGCUCUCCUCUGCGGCGAACAACCCGAGCUCCAUCCUCGACUGGACAGCGUUUACAGAAGCCAGAACCAUUCUCCCAACCCUCGUCCUAACAAGCGGUAUUCUCAUCGCAGUGCGCUUCCACGGCCGCUACCUACGUCGUAUCCCCGACGCGCCCAGCAUCUCGGCCUCGUAUCUUCGACGGCGGAGCAUCUUCGGCCAAGUCACCAGCGUCGGCGAUGGAGACAAUUUCAGGAUUUUCCAUACACCGGGUGGCCGCAUGGCGGGAUGGGGCUGGCUACCGUGGAAAAAGGUUCCUACUCUGAAAAAGGAUCUAAAGGACCAAACCAUCCAUAUCCGCCUCGCUGGCAUUGACGCCCCAGAAUUAGCCCACUUCGGCCGCCCCGAACAACCAUUCGCGCGCGACGCCCACACCUGGCUAACAUCCUACCUGACCAGCCGACGAAUCCGAGCCCUCGUCCACCGGCAGGACCAAUACUCGCGCGUGGUGGCGAGUGUCUUCGUCCGACGCGCAUUUGACUUCCCGCCAUUCCGUCGACGGGAUGUUUCCUACGAAAUGCUGAAGCGUGGUUUGGCAACUGUAUACGAAGCGAAGGUUGGGUCGGAAUUCGGCGGUGAGAAGAUGGAAAAGAAAUACCGCAAGGCCGAGUGGUGGGCUAAGAAGAGAGCCAAGGGGCUUUGGAAGGAUUAUCGUCGUGUCGGAUCCGAUUGGGAGAGUCCGAGAGAAUACAAGAAUCGGAUGGGUAUGGGAGAUCCUGCUCCGAUCGAGAAGGGGAAUGGGAAAGGGAAGAGUGGGAAAAAAUAA